GGGGAGUGGAGGGGAUGGGGGAAGGCUCGGCUGCUACUGCCGUAUAAAAAGCCAAGCCUGAGAAUCCGGCACCACAAACUCACCACACAUACACACACACACAUACACACACAUGCACACACAGAUCCAGUGGCUGCUCUGUAUCUCUCACACUCACCCACUCUCAUCCUUUUCUCUCUCUCUCUCUCUCUCUCUCUCUCUCUCUCUCUCUCUCUCUCUCUCUCUCGCUCCCUCUGUCUCUCACUCCAUUCCUCUGGGAUCUGCAUCCUUCUUGCUUCUUCUCACAAGUCAGAUUGUGUUUGUAAGUACGGGCUGAAUGUCUCCCUGUGUAUGCUUGGGUUUCCUUAGGUCUUUUUGGAUGUGUGAGUGACUGGUUGCCUACUUUAGUGUGACUGAGCAGAGCAGUGAGGAGUAUCAAGUGUAUGUGGCUCUCUGUCUCACCCUCACACACUCGCCGGUACUCUUGCAACUCUUCUCGGGAUCUCUGGAUCCCUUUCGACGGUGACAGGCUCCCCACACCAAGCAGUCACCAUUUCUGCCCCCGGGAGACCCACGCUGGCAGCGCAGCCCCUUCCCCGACUCAGCAUCGGGAGGAAGACCCUGGUGGCGGCUGCCGUAGGGGUUAUGCUGGUCCUGGUGCUGGUGGUCCUCAUCCCUGUGCUCGUCAGCUCUGUGGGUACAGACGCCAGCCACUAUGAGAUGCUGGGCACCUGUCGUAUGGUGUGCGACCCCUACCUGAACAAGGGUACUCCGGCCAGCAGCACCAGUUCCACCGGUCUCCAGGCUGAAGCAGAGGCGUUAAGCGACCAUAGCAACGUGCUUCCACCCUCCACCUUACAGCACGGCCCACAGGGGAAGCCUGGCAGGCCAGGCAAGCCCGGUCCACCCGGACCACCGGGAGAACCAGGGCCACCAGGACCUGCUGGGCCUCCUGGUGACAGAGGGGAUCAGGGAAGGACUGGGAUUUUGGGUCUGGGGGGGGACGGAGCUAUCAGCACAGCAACCUACAGCACGGUGCCUCGGGUGGCCUUCUAUGCAGGGCUUAAGAACCCCCACGAAGGCUACGAGAUCCUCAAGUUUGACGACGUGGUCACCAACCUAGGCAACAACUAUGAUGGCAUUUCGGGCAAGUUCAUCUGCAGCAUACCAGGCACAUAUUUCUUCAUCUACCAUGUGCUGAUGAGAGGAGGGGACGGCACCAGCAUGUGGGCAGACCUCUGCAAGAAUGGCCAGGUUCGGGCCAGCGCCAUUGCCCAAGACGCUGACCAGAACUAUGACUACGCCUCCAACAGCGUCAUCCUCCAUCUGGACGCGGGGGACGAGGUUUACAUCAAACUGGACGGAGGCAAAGCCCAUGGAGGAAACAACAACAAGUACAGCACCUUCUCUGGCUUUAUCCUCUACGCAGACUGAGAACAGACAGACACAGAGACAGUCAGACAGGAAGAGAGUGAGAGAAAGAGAUGGGGGUGGUGUGUGUGUGUGUGUGUGUGCGCGCGUGUGUGUUAAAAGCUGGAAUGCUUUCUAGUUUUCCUAAUUCUCUCCAUCAUCACAGACACCUCUGCUUCGUACCCAUCAGCCAAGACAUCCAGGCUCUGUAGCCGCGCCUGGAUGCAAAGCUCCUGAGGACACACUGAGAGGGGCCGGGCGGGAGGAGUGGGACGUGGGGUGGAGGUGGGCUGGUUUCUCUACACUCCUCGCCACAAUGCCGACGUGUCAGAAGCUCCUUGCUUUCAGUGUCUCUCCUCUUCAGCCCUGCUCCAUUGCACAGAAAUGAUCAACAACCAAAAUUAAAACCCUGAUGAUCUCACCUCUUCUCUCCACCAUGGCAACAGUCGCCUGUGCUGUCAGUGGACUCAAUUGACUGAAACCCCGUAGUGUUGUUCCGUGCAAUUUUUUCUUAGUGUGUUUUUAUUUUGUAGACAUGCAUAAUAUUCUACACAAAUGAGAUUUAAGGGAAAAAAAAGAAUAUAUUUGUUCCUUGUGAAGAUAUCCUGUUUGACUGAGAGAACGGGUUUGUGAGAUGUUAUUUGUGAUGCAGUUCAGACAUCUAACAGCUGGAAAAGAAAUCUUUAAAUCAGUAUUUCAUGGCAGUGGGUGUUUUUCUUCAUCAUUGGGUACAGCAAGGUAACUAAAUAUUGUGCAUGUGGAGAAUAGCAAUGCAUUCUGCACUGUACCUUCCAAUGAAUCUGAAAAAGGAAACAUCUCAUAGAGACAAUAUCCUUACCAUGAACCACCUCACACUGUUCGCACACACACAAUGUCCUGCUGCUCUUUGGAUUAAAAGUUGUCAAAUCGUCUCCUCAAUGUUUUAUGUAGAUGCUCUACUCAAAUCUUCAGAUUCACAGGUAACCUAGUUGAAGAGUUCUUUCUUCUUCUUUGCUGUGCUGACCUCCAAACCUUCUUGCACUGUAAGAAAACAAAAAGUGGCUUAUGAAGAGGAGGGCGAGGGGGGGGUAGAAAGUUACAAAGACGGAGAGAGAAAGUCAGAAGUGAGUGAGAUGGUGGGGAGGUGGAGGGGGCGUUUAGGCACAGUAACAGUGAGUGGGCAAUUGUUCUGUUUCAGUGUGUCUGAGAUUCACUGGAUGUCAUCCAUUCAUUAGCUGCAUACUCACUGUCACACAGGCAUUAUGGUAAUAUUUACUCAACAUGGCGGCCUGACAGCUUGCUUGAGAAUGAAAUUGAUUGGGUGAGUGACUUGGUCAAUCAUGACUGCACGUUUGUUUGUGUGUAUGUGUGUGUGGUGUGUGCGUUUGACAUGUGAGUAUGUAUGUAUCUGUGCAUACUAUUGAGUGUCUGCAUUUUAGCAUGUGCCGUGCCAUAGCUACAUCGUUCUUUUUCAGAGUUAUUAUGUGCCACAGCCAAUGACAGAUAUUUUCCUCAGCAGCCAAUGAGAUUGUGCUCUGUAGGGUGGGGAGCCUCUCUAGAUACGAAGAGGAGUACAAACAGCUUGUAAAUGAAAUCUAUGACAUGUUUGUCUAUCUUAUCUUUUGGAAUUGUUGAAUACAUUUAAAUAAUAAAUGGGAUUUUUUGAGUGACUUGUCUCACGAGAAUUCUUGAAUCCCAAAUACGCUAAUUAGGGAAAAAGAUCUGUUAAAGAUGUCAUUUGUUCUGUGAGAAUAACUAACUACCGUGCAAACAACAUGACUGGAAAUGUGUGUUUCUUGUUCUGUUCUGAAUUUUAACAAUGGCCUGUUAGUGCAAACAUUAAAAAAUAUUUUUUAUCAGCAA